GGACAUCAGCAGUCAUAUAGACCUAGGCCCUCCCAGCUACGUCCCGGCCACAGCCUUCCUGCAGAACGCCGGCCAGGCCCACCUAAUCAGCCAGUGCGAGGGCCUGGAGGCUGAGUUGGGCUCCCUGCUGCAGCAGCGCCGUGGGGCCCUGCGWGGCUGUCUGGAGCAGCUGCACAGCUAUGCCACUGUGGCCCUGCUGUACCCGCGGGCCGUGCUGCUGCGCCACAGGGCCCACCUCUGGAAACAGUGGCUGGAAGAGCUGCUCUGUGACAUGACUGUUGACCACUGCCAGCAGAUUUCCAGACAGUAUGAGGUCCAGUUUGCCCCCCAGCCUCCCCUUGCGUCGUGCCAGUUCCUGUCUAGCGUUGAGCUGGCCUUGCAGCACCAGGCGUCAGAGACCAACACGCGUGUUCUGCGCCAGGCGGAGCGCGUCAAGGCCGAGGGCGCCACGGUCCACGCGUGUGAAGAACAGCUGCAGGAGAUCGAGCGUUGCAUCAACGUGUUCCUCCUAGAGAACCCAGAGCAGGGCUCUCUCAGCCUGGCCACCAUCAUCUCAUCAGCCCUCUGCACCCUCACCAGGUCCGUCUGGCUGGCUGUGUGCUGGGGGUAGACGUGUGUGUGGUGGG